AUGUCGCGAGGCGGUCGGGGCGGUUUUGGCCGCGGCGGCGGCAGGGCUGGCGGCGCUGCCAACAAUAUGCCCCCCAUGGGCCUUAGCUUCCAAGAACUCGGCAGCCUCGACAAGACACCCUCCAAGCUAUACCCGGAACCACCCACGGUGCCACGCAUGGAAAGGCCCGACGACAAGGAGGUCCGCUACGCCACGUACCAGCUCAUGUACCUGCAAGAACAAAAGACGUCCGCAUAUUGGCCCACUUUGGAAGAGCGGAAGCAAGCCGACCUUCCUCGCUUCUCCGAUCGCUAUCGUCCCGAGGCGCAGGAUCUUCCUUCGCUCCAGUCGAUCAACCUGCAGAAAGAGGUCUUUCCAAAGGGUCUCUGGGAUGCAUUCAUGCAAGGCGAAGCAAAACGGGAGGAGCAGAAGGCCAAGAAGAAAGCUCGCCGCAAGGUCAAUUGGGACUCGCUCGAUCUCGAGGAUCGUGCUGGUGCGGAAGACGACAUAGGUGAGGCAUCCUCCGAGCCCGAAGAUUUAGGCGACUACGAAGACGAGGUCGACGACGAUUACGCCGAAAACUACUUCGACAACGGUGAAGACGAAGACGCUGGCGACGAUGACGGAGGCGAAGCAGUGUACGACUGA